CGCUGCCUAUUUUUUCUACAUGAUUAUCUUCAAGGGUUGAAAGGGCAAAAGUGUUGUCAAACAUGGCUGCUCCCGUGGAUGACAUGUUUUCCCUCUGUGUGGACCCGUGUAAAGUCACCAGCAGCGUGGAAGUCCAGUUUAUAGACAACAUAAAGGGUAAGGGCCUCUUUGCGAAAAGAAGCAUCAAGAAGGAAGAAACCAUUUUUAUUGAGCGGCCUCUGGUUUCUUCGCAGUUCCUGUGGAAUUCCUUGUAUAAAUAUAAAGCCUGUGAACACUGCUUACAAUCUCUGGAGACUGCAGAAGAAAAUGCCCGGAGACUCAGCCGCAAUCCCGCUCUCAGCCUUCCCCAUCCCGAGCUCUGCCGUGUCCGGCCUGAGCUCCAUCAAGCCUGCCCUCAGUGCCAGGUGAUGUACUGCAGCAGCGAGUGUCGGCAAGCAGCUGCAGAUCAAUACCAUCGGGUUCUGUGUCUGGGUCCCUCUGAGGAAGAUCCAGACCACCCCAUCAACAAGCUUAAAGAUGCAUGGAGGAGCGUGCAUUAUCCUCCAGAGACGUCCAGCAUCAUGCUGAUGGCCAAAAUGGUCGCUGUGGUCAAACAGGCCAAAGAUAAAGCACACUGGCAGAAGCUGUUUUCUCACUUCUGCAGCCGGGCGGCGAACGAGGAGGAGGAGAUCGCCCAUAAGCUCCUGGGAGAGCAAUUCAGGGGGCAGCUGGGCUUGUUGCACAGCCUUUUUAAGGAAGCACUUUAUGAUGAGCAUCUCAGUCGGUGGUUUGUUCCUGAGGGUUUCCGCUCUCUGUUUGCGUUGGUGGGAACAAAUGGCCAGGGCAUCGGCACCAGCUCUCUGAGUCAGUGGGUUCAUGCCUGUGAUGCACUGGAGCUUCCCAACCAGCAGAGGGAGCAACUCGACUCUUUUAUUGACCAGUUAUACAAGGACAUCGACAAAGAGACGGGAGAGUUUCUGAACUGCGAGGGAUCUGGACUUUACCUGCUGCAAAGUUCCUGUAACCACAGCUGCAUCCCAAACGCAGAAGCGUCCUUCCCCGACAACAAUUUCCUGCUUCACCUCAAUGCCCUGAGUGACAUCAGCCCAGGAGAGGAGAUCUGCAUCAGUUAUUUGGAUUUCUGUCAGCGGGACAGAAGCCGACACAGCAGGCACAAGAUUCUGAGGGAAAACUACCUGUUUGUCUGCUCGUGUUCAAAGUGCACGUCCCAGAUGGACGAGCUGGACGUCACAUCGGAGGAGGAGGAGGGAGAAGCAGAGGGUGAAACAGAAGGGGACGAGAUGGAAGAUGAGAUGACAGAUGUUUGAUGAAAGACUCUGCCAUAUUGUUCUCUGCUUUUCCCGUCCCUCUGAAACAUGAGGCCAAAAAGAAUAAAGACCAGUUCAGACUGUGAUCUGCAUGUCCAGAAGCGUGAAGUGACACAUUUCACUCUGUAUUUUAGAGAUCUGUAGUCAGAUUAUACAGAACUACAAGAGAGCAGUGGAAACUGUUUCACUUGGAUACUUUAACCCAGAAUUUUUUUUUUAAAUAGCUGGAAAUUUACCUCUUGAUGCUGCAUUUAUAGUUUUUUUUCUUUGUUUGGUUAAAUCUUCUGCAAAUGAUUUGAUCAAACAUUGACACGCUUAUAAAUCCAGCAAACAGUGAACAAAAUCAGUAUUCAAGAUGGAUUUCUCACAGUCAGCAGGUGGGCAGAAAAAGUGGUAGGGUUCAAAAGUCUUUGUUAAGCUCUCCUGUUUCAUGCUUUACUCAAGUAUUUUGUAGCUUUUGAAGGAAAAUCUCACCUAAAAUUCAUAUUUUAGUUGUCUUUGUAAGAGAAAUAAAACAUUAAGCAGAUAAAUGCUUACACUCUAUAUAUUCGUAUUUUGUUUUCCGUGAUUUUUAAGUUGAUAUUUAGAAAUGCUCAACAUUGGCAUUAGUUUCUUCUGGGUUUUUAAUUAUCAGUUGGAAAAAUCUGAACAAAGAGAAAUGUAAACCUUUUUUCAGCAGAUCUGACAGAUUUGCAUCUUCAGAGUUAUUUAGCUCUAUUGCUUUCAGUAUGAAUCACAAUAUGGUCAGUGUAGCAGCAGAUGCCAUGUGGUCAGUGUUGAUAGACGUCCUUCCAAAUGCAGUGGUUGAGCAUUAAUAAUUAAGUGCUUUGAGAUAAACGGUUUGUGUUGCUUUUUUUCACUAUGUGACAGAAUCAGUAUUAGAAAUAAAUAAAUAAUGUUCCAUAAAUUUUGACAGAUGCUCAAUUCACUCUAGUCCAUUUAUGCUUUUUUCAAUGCAUGAUGGCAUUAAUUAUGCUGACAUUGCUGUUUUUUUUCUCAGUUAUUAUUAGGCUCAUCUGAAACCUUCGUUAUGGCUAUAUUGUCAAAACUCACAGUUCUCCUGUAGCUUGAAACUCUUGUUUUUUUCCCAUCACGUUCUGCUUAGAUUCUGCGAAAGCCUUCAUGUUAUACCGGCCUGCCACAGUUAAAAUUUGGAUAAGUGAACCCUGAUAGUUUAGUUGUUUAUAACUGGUUGCUGGUUUCAUCUGUGCAUAAGAGAACAGGUGGAUGUUACCGUUAGGAGGUUUUCAUGUUUUCUUGUCUGAGCAAAGCACAUCUGUUAUUUUUUCUAGAAAUUCUAGCAGUUGAAAGCUUUGGAAGAGGAUUAGGGCCACUGAAAAAAACAAAAGCCAAACCAAAAAAAUUCUGACUUUUUUUCUAUUAGUUUAAUCUCAGACUUCUGACUUUAAGGCAGGUGGCCAGCUGGGAGCAAGCAGCUUCAAUGACAGAGAUACACACAAUAACUAAUUUUCUUGGGGAACAUGUUGGAUUUAUGAGAUUUUUUACAUGGCUGAUUAAAGUCAAAAUUCUUUCUUUUUUCCAGUGACUCUAAUCCUUUUUUGUGAAAAGCAGAGUUGUCCGUUUCUGAAUUUAUUUCUGAUUCAAAGCUCUUCAUUAGCAGAACAGAUAAACAGAAACUUACCACAAAUCUGACUGCCAUUAGAACUGCAGGCUGUACCAAAGAAACUUUUUUCCUGAGCCCACCUUGACAGAAAGCAAGGAAUGUUUAGCUUUUUGCCCUUUAAAACUAAUUUCAUACUUGACUUUAGAGUAUGGUUUUUAUUUCACAAUGACAACCUUGUGAGUUGAAAAGACACAGUGAAAUACAGUUUGGUUUUCAUACCACGAUCUAUGGGUUCCAGUUAAUGCUCAUGUAAUGUAUUAUGGAGACCUUGAGUGGAAAAUUGCUUUGUCAGUUACUGUUUGGCCUUUUAUUGAGAGCUGUGUAUCUCGGUUGCACAUGAGCGAAAAGGCUGCUAUGGCCUCACAUCAAGCAAUAUUUCAUCAACUGUAAUCACAAAUCUCAACAUUUUCAGCUGCAGAGGAAAGAUCUGAAAUGUAUAAAUAAACCCUUCUUCUCAAUG